ACCAGCUAUUUUUGAGAAAUCUGUUUGGUCUUAUUAAUGUCCCGUUAUGCUGUUAUAGCGUCCCUACCAAUGUUGAGACCAAACCUACGCCCUUGAUGAUACAUAAACCUUAUCGGGAUUCACGGAUAGAAAGACUUGUAGUUCUUAAAAGAUAAACGUUAUUAUGAGUUAAAAUAAUUUGCCCGACAUGGGAGCAUCAAAUUUGAUCAAUGCCGGUAUUAUUUUAGCCAAUCAGAUUUGAAUUGCCCAAAUUUCUGCCCUUCCUCAUGAUGUCAUCAGUACCCAUUUUCACAUGCACAUGCACUGAAGUCAAUAGCGUACCGCACGCAGGCUAUUUUUAGACCAUGACGUUGCAUCGUACAGCGGAAGUAGGACAUUACAUACACGGCCUCGCAUGCAAACCAUUAUAUUUCGGCCUUCUUUCUCCGGUGAUCUUUCAAAAACUGACAUGCUGAUUAUUCACUGCUACCAUGGAACUAGUAGAAACGACUCUAGACAUUACAACAAAUAAAAGAUGUUUUCUUCAUGCUCUCCCGGAACCAUAAAAUGUGAAGAAUGGAGCUACUAUGCCGCGGACGUCUAAAAGACCAGUUUAACGCCAGCAUAGUGAAGCCGUUCACAUUUCAUAUGCAGUAAACAUUUUGUUUGGGCCAAGAGGCAAUGUGCACCUAUGAAUGAGUGCCCUGUUUUCAGGAUGCUAAAUAUUAAUCUGAGGCAAAUAAACAAUGGAUGAAUCAAGAGAAGUACGAACAGAUGGCAAUUCUCUCCUGAAGGCUGUCUAUUUGAGUCGUCUACGUCUGACUCGGCUGCUUCUGGAGGGAGGGGCCUACGUAAAUGAGAGCAAUGAACACGGCGAGACGCCGUUAAUGGUGGCUUGCAAAACACGUCACUCGGAUACACAGAGUGUGGCCAAACACAAAAUGGUCCAGUAUCUCCUGGAAAACGGUGCUGAUCCAAACAUUCAAGACAAAAGUGGGAAAACUGCUUUGAUGCAUGCAUGCCUUGAACAGGAUGAAACUGAAAUCCUGUCCCUCCUGCUGACGAAUGGUGCCGAUCCAACGCUGGAGGACCACUCCGGUUCGUCGGCACUUGUUUACGCCGUUAAUUCAGGUAACAGGGACAUUCUCAAGAUCCUCCUAGAGGCUUGCAAAGCUAAGGGAAAGGAGGUCAUUAUCAUCACAUCCAACAAGCUACCAUGUGGCCAGCAGAGAACAAAGCAGUACCUAAAUGUCCCUCCACCCCAACAUCUAGAGGAACAUCCGUAUUGUACACAAACCUGCUCGUCUCCUUUUGAGACCCAGCAACAGGGUUCCUCGGCAAGUGCUUCUCCACAGCCUGGCAGUCCUCUAUUUAGCCUUAGAAAUACCAAGGGUCCUGGCGUAUCGGUUAGCCUUGAUAGAUCUAGACCAGAUUCUCCAGUUAAACAUCCUAGUCCGUUACGCAUUCCUAGUGUGGAUAAGAGGCUAACUCUGCAGCGACUACACUCUCAGCAAUGGACCAAAAGUCCAACCCCACUUCUUCAGAAGAGCCAGACCUCCCUGUUGACAGAAGAGCAAGUAGAAUCACCAUCAGAGGAGAUCUCAUCGUUCAGAAGCCUUAAUUUCCAUAGUCGGGCUCCAGCUUUUUUGCGCCACCAUAGCAUGGACAUAAAAGAUGGGCUCCUGAAAGCACUGGACAACAUAUCAGGGGGCCACAGUGGAAGAUGCUUUGCCCGAAAGAUGUCAUAUGAUAGCGCUGCAAGUGCACAGUAUUCCACAUCUAACCCAAACUUACAUCAAGAAAACAAUCUCCCAUUUCCUCUUGAAACCAUUCCUGCCGAUGGCGAUGCAUCUGACAGACAGUUAAACAUUUCCAGUCUGCAAAACGUUAUCCAUCGACGCAACAUUGGCGUUGAUCAUUACAGUUCAGACUCUCACUUGCCGCAAUUUGGUGGUAAAGACUCAAACUGUCUGAAAAAAGGAUUGGACAGGUCCAAACUGAUGAACAGCAGAUCCUCUACUCUGUCAGGCUCCAGAGAGUCUCUGGGUAGUUUUUCCCAGAGACGAGGUGCUGUUGGAUUAGAACGAAGAGGCUCAGGGGCCCUCCUCCAGGAUCACAUCUCCUCUACUCGGCCCGGAUAUCUCCCCUCUCUCAACCCGCAUGCUCCCAUUCCAGAUAUUGGGGCCAACUCUGUCUCUCUGUGUCCCAGUGGAAAAACACUCAAUGUAGUUUUUAAAGGCUCUAAACCUAUUCUGCCCUGUGUACAGAUUUUCCCAAGAGAUAUGAACACCAGUAAAAUGCUGUGGAGGCGUCACUCCAUGCAGAGUGAACAGAUUAAGCAGCUGUCUGACUUUGAGGAAAAGUUGACUUUUAAUGAAUUUUAACUUUUUGCUUAUUGCUUGAUUUUCUCCCAUUCUUACCGGUUGCAGGAGCAAAACUCAAUCGGAAACUGAAAAAUGCUCUGUUUUCUUGUUACAUACUGUACAUCUAAAUAAUCCCCAUACUUGAACCCUAUCAAGUAUGAUGAUCUCAAUGGGUCACUAAUUUGAUGCAGUUUUGGCAAGUGUAUUUUCAGUUCGCUUUAUUGUUUCUACUCACAAAAAAAACAAAAACCCUACAACAACUAGAAGAGCACUCAGACAGCAGAUAAUUUCGAAGCAUCGCCAUGUUUAGAAGGGUGGGAAAAAGGACUUUGACUUUUUAUGACUUUUGACCUUAUGCC